AAGGAAAAGCCUGAGUCUGGAGGGGAUGUAGUGACUUUCCUUGACACUUUGCAACUCUCCCGGCCUGAAGCAGCGUUUCUUUCCCGCGCGCCGAGCCGACUUCGCUGUGGGAUCCUUUCAUGCGCACGUUGCGGCACGGCUGCCGGAAGACUCUUCGGGAAUCCAGCAGGGGAAAGACUGCGCCUUUUUAGGGGGCAGCCAAAGGGAGGAGGAAGAGGAGGAGGGACUCCUUUUCUCGUCUCCAAGGAGAGCCCUCACGCCUGACCUCUCGUUCCUCGCGCUUCUUCACUGCGACUCUUUAACCUAGGGAGAGUGAGGGGCGGGAAGGGGAGCUCACCCCAACCCGCCCUGCCUAUCCGAGCGGGGUAGGGAGAGGAUCUUUACAGCGGCUUUCCACAGGAAAAGGCGGCGCGAGGCAGAAGGAGGGGACGAAAGCCGAAGGAAAGACCCGGAGUGUACGGUCUCCAGACUGCUCUCGCUAACUCCCUUUCGGGGAAAGCUCUCAGACGCCCGCCCUUCCUCGAAAGGAGGCUGUGAGGACUCGCGUCAGGGUAAGGCGAGAAAUGCGCCCGAGCGCCUAUUGUAAGGCAUGCGGAGCAUCCCAGCCGGCUUCCGCCUCUUUCACACUCUUUUGUUUCUUGGUGGCGAGGGAGUCCUUUUGUGCUGCGAUGAUGGAUUUCUAACUUCUCUGAUGUGUCGGGAGGGAAGGAGAGAAGGAAGGAACCAACCCCGGUGCAUCCUGAUGCUGAAAACGCAGGAUGGCCAUUUGAUUCCUGCUCCUGGGAUCUGGGGGAGAAGCUUUGCUCUGUGCUAAGGAUGAGGAGCAAGCACCCACAUCAUGGAGUACGCUUCUGGCUACCGGCCGUACUGCAUUCCACUGACAAGAUAACAGCAGAAAAUAACCCUAAGACAGUGCUUUCCAGGAUAACUGAAGAAGAUCAGAGAAGCUUAAGGAAGAUUACCCCCUGCUUCCCCUUGAAGGGGAAAGGCCUUUCUCUGGCAAGUCCUGUCUCCAUGGAUAAAGGACACACGUUACCUCAAGACUUCUGGGAGUUGCUGCACUGUCUGAGGAUGAGGAGCAAGUAUGCCAUCCUCCUGGUAUUUGUGGUAGCACUGGUCAUUAUUGAAAAGGAGAACAACAUCAUAUCAAGGGUGUCAGAUAAACUGAAGCAAUCUCCACAUUCCCUGAUGGAAGCCAAUAUCACAGACUCUGGCUUGGUGCUCUCAGAGAACGGUUCUCUGCUGUCCCUGAGCAAGCUGGACUUGGCUUUCUUCCAGCUUAAGAACAGGCUUCAGAAUAUCACUAUGCAGCUCGGGGGGACUAGAGAACCUUUGCCGGCACGUAUUAAGGGGACACGGAAACAUGUGCUCCUAAUGGCUACCACCCGCACCGGUUCCUCCUUCGUAGGGGAAUUCUUCAAUCAGCAGGGCAACAUUUUCUACCUCUUUGAGCCACUAUGGCACAUUGAAAGGACGGUGUCCUUUGAGCCUGGAGGUGCUAAUGCUGUGGGUUCAGCUCUUGUCUACAGAGAUGUUUUGAAGCAGCUCUUCCUUUGUGACCUCUACAUCUUGGAGAGCUUUAUAAUUCCAUUCCCAGAGGAUCACCUGACUCAGUUUAUGUUCCGACGUGGUUCGAGCCGCUCGCUGUGUGAGGACCCUGUUUGCACACCUUUUGUCAAGAAGAUCUUUGAGAAGUACCACUGCAAGAACCGUCGCUGUGGUCCCCUAAAUGUGACUCUGGCCAUGGAGGCCUGCCUGCGCAAGGAACACAUGGCGCUUAAGGCAGUGCGGAUUCGGCAGCUGGAGUACUUGCGUCCUCUAGUUGAAGACCCUCGCCUGGAUAUGAGGAUCAUUCAGUUGGUGCGGGACCCUCGGGCUGUGCUGGCUUCUCGCAUGGUUGCUUUCUCAGGGAAGUAUGAAACCUGGAAGAAAUGGGCUACUGAAGGUGCAGCGACCCUCAAUGAGGAUGAGGUACAGAGGCUGCGGGGCAAUUGUGAAAGCAUCCGGCUCUCAGCUGAACUUGGAUUGAGGCAGCCGGCAUGGCUGCGGGGUCGCUACAUGCUGGUCCGCUAUGAGGACAUUGCCAGGUCGCCCCUUCAGAAGGCCAAGGAGAUGUACAAAUUCACAGGCAUCACCAUCACUCCACAAGUAGAGGACUGGAUCCGGAAGAAUACUCAGGCACCUCAGGAUAGCAACGGCAUCUACUCCACCCAGAAAAACUCCUCUGAGCAGUUUGAGAAAUGGCGAUUCAGCAUCCCCUUCAAGCUUGCCCAGGUGGUGCAGAAUGUCUGCAGUCCAGCUAUGAACCUGUUUGGCUACAAGCUGGCCAGCAGUGCUGAAACCCUUACAAACAGAUCUGUCAGCUUGCUGGAGGAGAGGAGGACCUUCUGGGUCACUUAAAGGUGGCUUUUGCUGAUGGAUUUUCUAUAUUGUAGCUGUCUGUCGGACUGAAAAAGACAGAACACCAGAAUUAUUGGGGAAGGAACACGUAGCGCAAAGGGUUGAGAGGAGGGGAGCCGUCUUUGGCUAGCCUGCUUCAUGCUUCUGCUUAUCUUGCGCUGUUUGUUCACACCAGGGUGCUUUCUGCUUUUUCUGGGAGCAGAUGUCACUGGCCGACACAUUACAGGCCCCUUGAUGGGUUUAUAAGGUGGCUAAGCUUUGGCACAAAGAAGUGUUCAGAAGCUGGCACAGAGUGGAGCAUGAAAUACUGGAUUCUGGGUUCCCUACCUCACGUCCGUGACCUCCUCAGUGGAGGCCCCUCUCUUCAGCCAUGUACACUAAACAUCCAAAGAGAAGUUUUUUUUAUAUUUGACAAUUAUAAAAGGAAAUUGGUUUCUUAUCCUGCUGGGAAGAUGUGAGAAAAGCAGAGUAUUGCACUGAUACUGCCUCAGGCAGCCUUAAAGGACGUGUCCAGCUCAUAUUUGGGGGAGAGUGGGAAAGAGAAAGUAAAGAAACUUUUUUAACAGAACUGCCUGAAAAGAGAUCUGACUGUUUCGUCAUUUAAACAGAGGACGUUUUGUACGUAUUCUACUUGAGACCCUCAGAUUAAUUAAUGCCUUGUUUAAACUGGAGAUGUGACUGGCUCAUACCAAUUAUCAUGGAAAAAACAUGGGAGUGGAGCCAAACGUGGCUCUACCCACAAUAAUAAGGGGACUUUGGGUUACACCUGAGAAAGUGUUGUGCACGUGCUGUGGUUUGUCAUGCUUUGCACUUAAGCCCUUGGAUGAGAGACAGAAAGCAGGCUAUGAAAAUAACAUUCAAAGAGAGAGAGAAAAUGGAAUAAUAUUCAUCCUACAUCCCUGGGGAUCAACCUUCCUCAGUGCCAUCAGCUGCUUUUGCUCUCCAAUAGUCUAUUUUUAAAAACAAACACACCUGCUGUCUGGUUUUCUCACUUGUCACUGAAUCAAUUGUUACUGAAUCUCAUUCAGUGUGUGAAGACAGUUAGAAACAAUAGCUGCUUUCUAGUCUGGUGACAGAAGGCUGUGACUUUAAUUGUGUUUUCUCCUCCCUCCCCCUUGCUGUCCUUCCUUCCAAUAAUUGUUUCUGUGUCCUUUAAAGUGCUGGUUGGAAACUGCCAAUAAUUCUUUCCUGCCAUUUCAGAGGGGGGUUGUUUUGUACAAACCAGGCCUACUGAAAUGCAGAGGAAGAAGUGACAGGCUAUGGAGGCAAGCAGGUGGAGCCAGUGAUAGGCAAUAGAAAUAGUUUCUGUAACAGCAAGAAACAAGGUCUGUGACACAGCCAAUGAAUUCCUCUUAUUCCCUUCUGGUCAUAGGUUCACUUUGUUUUCUCUUUAAGGGUUUGCGGCCCAGUAGGGAACAUCUGAUGAAUCUUUAGCACACUUUAGGCCCUGCUAUUAAUUUGAAGCACUGAUUAACAUACUUACCCUGCCUGGACACAGCUUCCUUCUCUUGUGUAUCCUCAUCUGGAAUGUAAACCCAAAAUUUCCAUCCUGGAGUAUGUGCCCAGGAAGGAAAUUUUGGAUUUACAUUCCAGAUGAGGAUAGGCCAGAGAAGGAAGCUGCAUUAAUGGCACAUGCUUUCAUGGAAUAGAGUCCACUUUGUCAGACGCAUGAAGUAUUAUCCUUAGUAGGCAGGCAGGCAAACAUGGAUACAGAGGGGGAAAUUGUAAACAGUAGUGCCAACUGGUUAUGAAACACAAAGAUUGGCAGAAGUUAUAUAUACAAAUAUAUACAGAGUGAUCCAUUCAUAACCGCAGCCACUUUCUGUCUGGCAUUACUAAUUUCACACCAACAAAGGGAACAUGUACUUUUGGUAAUGGGAAAAAUAUCUUUAAUCUCAAUUGACUGAGAUGUCUAUAAAAUCAUAUAUUAUUAGAAGCUUCAUUUCCUUUUGUUUAUUUUUUGAAAAAAUCAUUCAACCAGAAGCUGUUAACAUUUAUGGCUUAUAAAAUUUAUUUUUUGCAGGGGGAUGGGGAGAGAAUUGGUGAAAUAAAAAACUGCAUUUAUUUUAACCCACUCAGAACAAAGGAGAAUGGCAUGCAACAUGCUGCUAUUUCCUAACAUGUAGCAAGUGAGCAGGGGGGGAAAGCAAGACUUUUUGCACAGCAAUGUAUAAUUAUGCGUUGCCAUCUCUCCUCUCCACCCCCACCUACCAAGAAAAAAGCAGCUGGUUCUAAACAGAAUUUUAUAUCAUGAAGUAGAAGAUAAAAAAAAAGUAUGCCACUGUAUAAAAGUUUUUAAAAGUUGCUUCUGGGAUACCAUUAGCUCUUUCCAAAAUCUCUGCCAGAGUUAAAAUGUUACGCUAGAUUUUCCACACAAAUAUCAGCCACCUGUAUGGUGAAUUAGCACACGCACAUGCACACACACUUCAUUAACAUUGCUUCAGUUGGGAUAUUUGUUUGACUGGUAAGUGGUGACUGACUGUAGCAGUUUCACACAUUCAGAGUAUCUGUGGUGACCAGGAACCUUCACCUCCUGAUGUGGGAAAGUGCUAUAUGAAGGGAUCUUCAGCUUUCUUGGACUGCACACUCGGUAACUCCCAACCAAUGAGCUUUGACUCUCCAGUUAGUCAUGGGGAAUCUGUGGCUGGACUGGAGGAAGGGAUAUUCACAGACAUAAAACUCUAUUUUGGUGUCACCUUAGGAAGAAGUUCUUGCUCCAUUAUUUUUGCUAUUUGGUCUUAUUGAACGGUGUACAUUGAUGUGUACCUAAAACACUUUUUGGAUCACUUGAAAGCAGCAUUUAUACAUUAUCUAGAGCAACUUCCUCCAAGCUGUUGCCUUCCAUAUGUCUUGGACUACAACCCCCAUAAGCCCCAACCAGCACAGCUGUUGUAGUCCAAUGGAUUAGUCCAAAACAUCUGGAGGGCACCAGAUUGGUGAAGACAGAUCUAGAGCACAGCAGCAAUGUCUGCACAUGGCUAAGGUGCAUUUGGUUUUUAUAAACUAGUAGAGAUCGCUAGCAUGGUAUGUCACUACAUAGUCUGCCUGAACCACAUUGUCAGAGGUUAUGGAUAUUUCUAGGAACAGUGCAAUAUGGUAUAUUUUAUGACAUAUUUAAACAAGACCUAAAUGCCACUUUCUAAAUGCACUAAGGGUGCAAUCCAACUGCCAUUUAUGCUGGGCUGAGACCCCUGGCUGAGCUGGCAGAGUCCAGACUCUGCUGGGCUCUGCCAGCAGACACCCACAUCCUGGCUCAGCUGCAGUGGAGCCAGGACCCUGCCAACUCAGCUGGGUAUCCACUAGGGAAGUCCAGCCUGGCAGAAGGGAAGCCAAGGGGUGUUCCAGGGCAUGUCAGAGGAGGGGCUGCAGGAGGGGACUUAGGCCACAUCCAACUCAUGUUCGGAGUGCUCCUGCAGGUCCCAAUCAGGCCAAACUUACACUAAGAAAAAGGUCGGUCUACAAAAAUAAUUACAGUGGUAGUCAAUGGAGAGUGCUUACUCCCCAGUAGGGGUAUUUGAGAGCUGGCUUUUACUUUUUGAUUCCUAUGUACAGCUCCCAGCUGAUUCCAUGUUCAGCCAGCCCAGAGUCUCCUGAAUGGCAGUUGGAUGCUGUGGACCUUCCCGCUGGCUCCUCCUUCCACUAGCUUCCCCUGUUGGAUUGCUGUGUAAAUCUUGGUGGAAAAAUUAUGUGCACUAUUGCCAUAAAGUUAGGGGAAAUGUUUACUUUUUGCCAUCAGUUUCUUGGUUGGGAAGUUGAUGCAUUCAGCUGUUUUCCAACCUGACUGCAUGUGGCAAAGCAAAUGCUAUAGGGUCAAUAUCUCAGUGGAGGCAGAAGAUAAAACUUGCUCUAUCUCUAGUAUGUCACUGGAAGGAGGCAUGAGCCAAACACGGUCCAUUCCAAAGGGCACAGUGUAUAGGUGUAAGGAGCUAUGAAAACUUUCUGACCACGAGCCUUAUAGAUAGGCUGUGCUUCCAAAUCAAGAUAUACUUGUCCAAUUCUCAGGUGGGCAGGAUACUUAAUAGCCCCCAAGUUAUGAAAAGUUUCAACCAGCACUGUUGCUAUGUAACAAUAUAUUGCUCCUGCUGUUGCUGAAUUUUAUUUGUGAUUUUCCAUUCUGUUGUGGUGUUCUUGUUGUUUUCAAAUUUUACCAUUUAAAAAGAUUCUGUACAACAGCUGCGGGUUUGGUGAAAAGAAGCCAUAAUUUCCUGACAUCUACAAAACAGUUCAAGUCUGGUAGGUUUUCAGACUUCUUCUUUUUAGCUGUAAAAUGUGUAUUGGGUUUAUUUAUUUGUUAUAUGUGGGAAAGAUGAAAAAUAACUUUAUUAGCAGGAAUCAGAAUUGCACAAAAUAAAUAAAAACAGACUCAGAAAUGUUUCCCAAGAAACAGAAAUGCAAUUAAUCAAGAGCAGCUAUGGUUAAAA